AUGGUUUUCCAAUUCUUAAAAUUCGGCAGAAACAAGCCAUGUUGUUCCUUUGAGUUGAUCUUGAGUUGCGGUUCUAUUGUAGCUGCAGAGGUGAAAGAAGGAAUUAUAUUCAACGGAGAUCGCUCCAAAGUUGAUCAGUUUUUGCAAGCCGUGGACGAGAUUCAACUAUGGACAGAGUCGGCCACCAUCUUAGACGACCAGAUCGAAGCCAACACUAUGAUCCAGAUCGCCAUGGCUCGGCUUGAGGACGAGUUCCAGAUCAUCUUGAUCAGCCUCCCCAGUCCAAUCAGUACCAAUUCACAUACUGAUCCCAGGUCUUCAACUUGUUCGGGUUCAACAACUGACAGUACUACUGGCUUCGACGAUUUCAACUAUGUAGAGUUCAGUACCAAGUUCAAGCAAUCCAUAGAUGAUCUCCGGAGCAUUGCAGUGAGAAUGAACUCUGCUGGACAUAUUGCCAAGUGUGUUAAGGUGUACCAGAAUGUACGCAAGUUUUUGCUCAACACGUGUUUGCAAAGACUAGGAAUCCAGAAAUCGAGCAUUGAUGAGCUUCGUAGGAUGGACUGGGAAGCAUUGGAAGAGAAAGUGAGACAGUGGAUACGAGCUGCAAAGAUCUGUGUCACCAUUCUCUAUACGAGUGAGAAGAGACUCUGUGAGCAUAUCUUUGGAGGUCUCGGAAACGAUUCAGAUGAAGAAUGUUUUGUUGAAAUGGUUAAAGACCAUGCAAUUCAACUAUUCAAAUUUGGGGAAGCCAUAAGCAUCUGCCUUAGUGCUCCAUCAAGGCGCCCUGAGAAGUUGUUCAAAAUUUUAGAUCUCCACAAAGCGUUGUUAAAAUUUUUGCCUGAUCUUGAUGUUCUUUUUCAAUUGAAAUCAUUAGAAUGUAUUCGAACUCUGGCUGCAUAUAUAGUGCCUCUGCUUGUUGAGGUGGCAAGAGGGGUUCUACCAGAACUUGAGUAUAGUGUACUUCAUGAGCAGUCAAGCUUUCAGGAACAAAGAGGUAGAAUUAGCAACUUGACAACAUAUGUCAUGGCUUAUGUUACUCGGAUCUCUUCAUACAAGGAAACACUAACUGAAUUGAUCAUAUCAAAGCCAUCAAAGCAAGAAGACAUUAGGAAUUCAAGUGAUCGGACAAUUCCGGAUAUGAAAUUGUAUGAACUUGAGGGGCGAACUCCAUUGGUGGUCCAUUUGAUUUACAUCAUUGAAAUUUUACAGUACAAAUUGGACGGUAAAUCCAAGUGCUACAAGGAUGCCUCGUUAGCUCAAUUAUUCAUGAUGAACAAUGUUCAGUACAUUGUUCAAAAGGUCCAAGAGGACUCAAAAUUGGGUGACAUGAUUGGCAACAAUUACUUGGAGAAGUUGACCGAAAAUGUCAGGCUACUGAUGGCUGGCUAUCUCAAAUCAACAUGGGUUAGUGUCACCUCUUGUCUGAGGGAAGAGGGAUUGUAUGUAAGCCGGAGUCUUUUUUCUGGGGUGUCAAAGAGUGCGUUGAAAGAUAGGUUGAAAACCUUCAAUGCUACAUUUGAAGAGGUUCGUCAGACUCAAGCAAGAUGGGUGGUACCAAACGUGCAACUUCGUAAGAAGCUUCGCCUUUCAAUACUGGACGAGCUCAUUCCGCCCUACAACUCCUUCAUCAAGCUGUUCAAGAGCCAUAUUGGGAGUGAAAAUCACCAACAGAAAUACAUUAGGUACUCAGUUGAGGACCUCAAGACCUCGGUGUCUAAUUUCUUUGUGGGCAUUGUGGAGGUUUAA